AAUCGUCUGGAGGGCAAUUUUUACACUCUGAACAAUAAGGUAUCUGAAUAUUUCGCCAAAUCAUGGGCCGCUACUUUGCUACUUGUGUAGCGCAAAUAAGGAGAAUUAUUUAUUACAUGUUUCUUGACACUUCGCAGUUCUGAACUCGUGCAGAGUAAUAUUCCAACAUUUGCGACUGAAGCCAUUGAUCCCGGACAAUUUCCAGUGUUUUUGUUGCAAUAUUCCCUUUCGUGAAAGCGAAGAAAAAUGCCGGCUCGUCCGACGUUGCAUCCGCACUCUCCCUUUAAUGCACAAUCCGAUGCGGAUGGACUCUACAAGUCCAUGAAAGGAUUAGGCACUGACGAAAAGCAACUAACAUCCAUCUUAACGGCCAGAGUAUGGAAGCAGCGUCAAGAAAUAUCUCGCGCCUAUCAGGAAAAAUAUCGCAAGAGUUUGCUGGCGGAUGUGAAGUCAGACACGUCGGGCGACUACUACAGGUUAUUAAAAGCGUUAAUUCAGUCACCGGAAGUCAGCGAUGCCAAGGAUCUGAAUUAUGCUAUGAAAGGCAUUGGAACAGACGAAGAUCUCCUAAUGGAAAUACUUUUCACCAGGACAAACUCGGAACUGCACAAUAUUGACAAGGCCUACCUUGAACUGUUUAAAGUGCCCCUUUCUACGGCAAUCAAGAACGAUACUUCCGGUGAUUUCCGAAAUCUUUUGCUGGCCAUUGCCGCGGGAAAGCGGGAUGCAAACAGCACCUCCUAUAAUCCGAAUCAAGCAAUUGAUGACGGCAAAGCGCUGUAUGAUGCCGGCCCGAAUCGGUUAGGAACCAACAUGGCGAAAUUCACAGAGAUAUUUUCCCAACGCAGCAUGGACCAUCUUUGGAAGGUAUUCCAUGAGUUCAAAAUGAUCGCAAAAAUGGACAUUCUCGACGCUAUUAAAUCCGAGAUGAGUGGAGAUGCCGCAAAAGCUUUUCGCACGCUUGCGUACAUUAUACUAAAUGCAGAAGAAUACUUUGCCUUCCGGUUGGCGGAAGCGCUCAAGCGUCCAGUUAAAGACCGCACCGUAAUAAGGGUUAUUGUAUCGCGGUCGGAAAACGAUUUGGCCAAUAUUAAAGAUCAGUUCCGAAAGGUGGCCCAUAAAAGUUUGGAAACGUGCAUCGAGGAUGAGACCUCGUCUGAUUACAAAACGGCCUUAUUGGAUUUGGUUGGAAGACGCAAAUAAACAUAGGUAGUACAAUAGUACAAAUUAUUGUCAAUAUGGACGUCCGAAUAUACGUACAUGUAUUGUGCCAAUGUUCUGUAUUUUUCUAAAGUAAAAGAGAUGUAACAAGCUACUAGCAUGAUAUUAUUUUACAUUUCGAUGUUUGUGGCAGUGAUUUUUUGCAUGAUAUAUUUUUAUGAACUGGGUAUCAGCGAAGUCUUCAUACAUGUUCUACAAUAUUUACAUCAACAAACAACAAAGAAUGAGACAAUAAAGUAACUACAA